AUGUUUGGCACUCUCUCCUACGACGCAAAGGCCAAGGAGCCCCGUUUCGUGGAAAGCGAGGAACUUGCCGCAACUCUGCAGAGGUACAAAAGGGAUAAGGCGCCCCACGUCGCGUGUGAAUACUGCCGAACAAGAAAACUCAAGUGUUCCGGACAACCCUCUGGUUGUGAACGAUGCACUGCUCUGGCGUUCAAAUGCGUUUACCCACCCGUCGCCGAGGGUCGCAGGUCAAAGAGGUCGGGUGGAGGAGCGGAGGCUACCGCCUCCGAGAGCCCAGCCAAGCGACCGGCCGUCAACCUAGCUAUGAGGUCAGAAUAUGUCGAUCAACCGCGGCAUUCGACGCCGGCGACUGAGUUGAAAUCCAGGGUCACAGAUCAUGGCAGCGGUCGGCAAGACGACAAUAUUGUUAAUACCUUUGCCGCGUACCCACAACGCACAAAUGGGAGCUGGGAAGACUCCUUCGGUGCUGGAAGUGCCGAUUGUUUCAGGAUGAGAGACCUAAGUGACGAGACCAUAUUAGACUGGGAGCUGGAAAAUAUACUCUUGUCCCCGUCGACAAUGUUUUCGGCCGAAGCUGGUACUCUGUCGAUACCCAGACUACAGUCCAGCUGCAACGGAGAUGCAGCAACGCUCACGGCAACACUUGACAGGUUUCCUGCACGCAACACCGACAAUAGCCUGUCAACCAGUGUACUCAAUGCGAAGGGAUCGUGCAGUGGCGCAAGCGUUGUCAGCAUCUACACAGCAGAAGGUUACAAGAGUAAUCUCGUCGCUACACCAAACUCCAUCUCGUCUAGCACAACUAAAACUUCCACGUCUUUCCUUUCCACGACAAGGGAGUCUGAGACCAAUUCCACCCUGUCAGCUGCCGAGCCAAGCCUGCAAGCAGAAAAUCAACAACAAAAGCAGCCACGAGAUAACAACACUUCAGAGCCAGCAGAGAUGGAAGCCGAGCAGCCUUGCACCUGCCUGCGCAAGACGGCAUGUUUACUUGAGCGCCUAAGCAGCAGUGUCGCAGACAGCGUCGAUACUCAAGAAAUCGACGUGCUCUUGUCCUGCUCUCGGCAAGCGUUACGAGGCUGCGAAGCCCUGACGUGCUGCAAAACAUGCUCCACGCGGUCUGAGAAUGUCACUUUACUGGCCAUGGCCGCUCAAUAUCUCAGCGUCCUCUUGUCCAAGAUGGCCGGUGCUUGCGAGGACUCCGGCGGCGUGCUUGCGCAAAUACCGCCAUCGGGGCACCGAGAUACCGAGAACAAACACGAUGAUCGCCAGGGCGGAGAAGGAAUCCCCAAAGGGAGCCAGUGUGAUGGGCAACAGGAUGAGCAAGUCGGCGGCCGCCGCGGCACCGCCGAGAUGCGGUGUGGGUCGUACAAAAUUGACACGGCCAGCGAAAUGCGGCAGGUCGUCACAUGUCUGGUUAUGGUGCAACUUAUGGACCUGUGUCAAUUAUUAAGCGUGUUGAAGGCUCUAUCAGGGACAAAGGCGGCAGCGUUGGGGACUCUGUUCCAGGCCGAGGAGAUGGUUGCGCUAGUGCGUGAGCGGCUGUUCACUCGCGGAACCGCUCUAUGA